UGGGCGGGGCGGAGGGGAGGGAGGGGCUACCAGUCCCCCUCAAAAGCUGCUACCGCUGGGAACCCCUGGAUCGCUCAGCUCGAAGGAGAAGCGAGAAGCUCGGCUUACCGUCGUCGGGGAGGCUUGCUAAGGGACAGCAGGAAUUCUGCCCCUCCCUUCCAGGAGCGCUUUCCCACCUGCCAAAACCCCUACACAGGUGGCAUGGCCUCCCUGCCCACUCGAAACCCCGGGGACACUGACCUGUCUUCUGGGCUGCCGCCUGCGUCUGCAAUUCCAGCCAACCAGAGCGCAGAGGCGUCCGCGGGCAACGAGUCGGCUGCGGGCUCGGGCGUCCAGGCCCUUACACCCUUCCAGAGCCUGCAGCUGGUGCAUCAGCUGAAGGGACUGAUCGUGCUGCUCUAUAGCGUCGUGGUGGUCGUGGGGCUGGUGGGCAACUGCCUGCUGGUGUUGGUGAUCGCGCGGGUGCGCCGGCUGCACAACGUGACCAACUUCCUCAUCGGCAACCUGGCUUUGUCGGACGUGCUCAUGUGCGCCGCCUGCGUGCCCCUCACACUGGCCUAUGCCUUCGAGCCACGCGGCUGGGUGUUCGGCGGUGGCUUGUGCCACCUGGUCUUCUUCUUGCAACCGGUCACCGUCUACGUGUCGGUGUUCACGCUGACCACGAUCGCCGUGGACCGCUACGUCGUGCUGGCGCACCCUCUGCGCCGCCGCAUCUCGCUGCGCUCCAGCGCCUAUGCUGUGCUGGCCAUCUGGGCGCUGUCCGCGGUGCUGGCCCUGCCGGCCGCUUUGCACACCUACCACGUCGAACUCAAGCCACACGACGUGCGCCUCUGCGAGGAGUUCUGGGGUUCUCAGGAGCGCCAGCGCCAGCUCUAUGCCUGGGGGCUGCUGCUCGGUACCUACCUUCUCCCUCUGCUGGUCAUCCUCCUGUCAUACGUCCGUGUGUCCGUGAAGCUCCGGAAUAGAGUGGUCCCGGGCUGCGUGACCCGGAGCCAGGCGAACUGGGACCGCGCGCGGCGCCGCCGCACCUUCUGCUUGCUGGUGGUUGUCGUGGUGGUGUUUGCUGUCUGCUGGUUGCCGCUGCACAUCUUCAACCUGCUUCGAGACCUCGACCCGCGCGCCAUAGACUCCUACUCCUUCGGGCUGGUGCAGCUACUCUGCCACUGGCUCGCCAUGAGUUCUGCCUGUUACAACCCCUUCAUUUACGCCUGGCUGCAUGACAGCUUCCGCGAGGAGCUGCGCAAAUUGUUGCUCGCCUGGCCCCGGAAGAUAGCGCCCCGCGGCCACAGCCUGACAGUCAGCGUGGUCAUUUGAUACCCGAGUGCCAGACCUCGGUUGAGAAGCCUCAAGACCUCUGGGCUCAGAGAUUGGACUGGAGUCCGUAAUCCCAGCUCCAGAGCUAAGACAACACAGGUCAAGGCUUCCAGCCCAGUUCUCUUGUCUCGCUGUCUCGUUCUUUUGUCUCUGUAAAAUGUUUAAUGGGCUUUGGUGAGGAGGAGGCCCAGAGAGGGAAGAGGACUUAUGAUGUCUUUUGCACGCCCUAGAAAGCCAAUCAAAAUCUUUCUCACGGUUCAGAAAAGUAUUUGGUUCUGGUCUUUGCCAGCUUUUCCACUUGUUCAGUGGUAAUGAAGAAACACUGGGGGUGAGAUUUAAGAUGUUGUUGGACUUGGUAAUGAUUUCCAAUUUACCUUUUAAAAGGGGCCCAGCUGAGAUCUAACCCCUGGUACUGUCUUGUCAGUCUGAACCCUUGAAUCUUACAGAUUGUGUCUAGGAUUUCCACAUCUUGUCAAUGAGACUUUUAUGCACCAAAAGUGUUUUGUUUUAGUGCAAGACUGCUUGAAUUUAUGGUACAAAACCACUUACAAAUGGUCUUUCAAAAGGCUUUGCUUCUGUUUUCCCUCCUGUUUCUCCCCACUACCAUUUUAAUAUGAGGAGAUGAAUUAGUCAAUGAAUAGAGAGCUAAAGAGGAGAAGACCCAGUUCACUCAAGGAGAUGUGUAGCUGUGCAUCAAGACAGACAUACUGUGUGUGUGCGCACGUGUAUGUGUGUGCAUACAGCUAGUGUUUGCCACAAAGCAGCACUCAUAUGUUUGAUUUUCUGAAUGCUCAGUGUAAACUGUGUGUCAGAGCAUUCACCUGCAUCCUCUAAUUGCUCAAUUGUAACAAAUCAACAGCUGUCAUCUGACUGCUCAGCACCUGCUCCUUGGAGACAUUCAGAAAAUAUUGAUCCAGAAUACAAGGACUAGUAGUUUACCUAAAGACAGUGUAGAAACAUACAAUGCCUCCCAUAAGAUUUUAGGUCCAACAUUAAUUGCUUUCAGGGUUAAAGAAACCAGUGAAGAUUACUGGGCGGGACACCAGGCUGAUCGUCAUCACUUCAGCCUACUGAGAGUUUGGUUCACGAGGCCAAGAGCUCUGGGACAAGGGUCUCCACCAUGAAUUUGGAACAGCACCUGGAGCAGUCAGGGCAAGAGCCUUGGGGAAGUGCUGCACAAUAUCUAGCUGUCAGGUCAGCCCCUGUGGUAUGUACGGCCAGAACUAGCAUCUGCAGCAAUAUAGUCACCAUCUGUAAGGUUCUAGUACUCCCCAGUUCAUUAAAUAGCAAAAUCAGUAUUCCCCCACCUUAUUUCUAUUCACUUAAGAAAGGAGUUCAGUGCUGGAGAUACAGCAGCACAUCACCUGCCUGACAAGCACAAACUCCUGAGUUCAAUUCUUCGUAUGAAAACAAACAAAAACAAACAAAGAAACAAAAAAGUUUCUUUCACCCAUUAAAGUGCUCUGAAAAGCAAAGAAAAGGAAUAGUACUGGAAUGCAAGGAUUAAAUCCUGUUAAACCAGCGUCACCUAUGAUGGUGGAGCAAGUUUUCUUGAUUGGCAACCAUAAGAGUCUUUAGUGGUUACAGGGUAAGACAUUUUGCAGAGCGGAGAACAGCACAAGGACUGGGAGAAAAGAAAAGGCAAAUUAAGGUGGGAGAUGGAAAUAACUUCUGGCAGUGGCACUAUGCUGAUUUUGAACUUUAUCCAUGAAUUGGAGAACAGAGAAUUUUUAUUCUAAUAAUGUAGCCUAUCUCCACAGCAUACUGUCACAGCAUUAAGUCCACUGUCCUCAUGUGAGUGCAUUUCCUAGGUGUCCUGUGUUCCCAAAGCACCUGGACUUGAUUGGAAAGUUUAGAGCUGGGGUCUUCUUUUGAUGGGUACUUAUGGAGAGUGUAGGAGAUAGUGGGAAAGAAUGGGAUGAAUGGGGAGAGAUCUGGUUAAUUUUGGUAACUUCGUUGCGAGGGUUAAGUCACUGGUUCUCAGUCUUGGCUAUUCUUAGAAUCACCAGGGAGCUUUAUAAAAACACUGAUUCACAGUCCUAAUCCCAGAGAUGACUUGAGACCUGGAAUGACUUGGGUCCUGGGAAUUCGCACUUUUUCAAAGCACUUCCACUGAUUUGCAUGCAAACUUACGUACCUUAAGAAUUAUCCCUUUUUAAAUGCAUCUGAAGAAAGCUUCAGUUGUAUCUGCUAAAUUGUUAAGAUCUUGGAUUUGAAUUUGACACUGACUUUCAUGUCAAACUUGGAGAAUACUUUUUCACUGAUCGGAUGAUACCUGCUAAUGAGUAAUCCUUCACAUAAAGGGAAGUCCUUGUGAUCAGAAUAUACAGGUAAUCAAGUUUCCUCAUAUAUUCCUCUUGCAGGGUACUACUGUAUAAAUCCGACUGGUUUAGAAGAAACAUAUUCAUCUUUAGAUUAUAAUAUGAAGUUAUAUGCUAUGAAUGAUUUCAAAUCCUUGUAGUCAGAAUGUUAAAAAAUUAAAACCUUCCCUGGCCAGCUUGAUUUAAAUCCAUAUCAAUUGUGAGAAGAAAGUAUCUCCAUGAAUUAAUUUCUGCCACCCACUUUCCUCAUGUCUAUACAUCAGACAUAAACAUUUGUGUGGACUUUAUGGAGAGCCUAAAAAAGAAGAGAGUUAUGUUAGGCUUAGAAAGAUCAUUACAAAUUAUGAAAAUUGGCAAAUGAAUAGCAACUAAUUAAUUGCUACCCCAUUGACAUCCAUUUAGGACGAGUUUGUAAACCAAACGACUUGUUUUUUAAAAGUUUCUCAGAGAAGAGUCCCAGAGAAAUCCUCAGAAUAUUAUUUUUGGUAGGAAAUUGUAUUUCAUAAUUCGUUUUGGUGCCCAUCGAGAUGUGUGUUGAGCUCUGUUCCUGCAGGGAUUCAGACAAGAGCAAAGCUGGGAACUGGGCCAGUUCUGGGACUUGGCAGCCGUCCUUCCCAAGGCUGACAGGGGAUUCUGUAAUCCUUUUUGCAAGCAUCAUCAUCAGGUCUCACUUUUGGCAGCCUGUCAAUAGACUUAUCUCACUAAAUCAGCAGAGAAGUGUUUCAGUAUGUGUUGGCAACAGUUACCUGGAAAGAGCAACUGUGAGGGAUGCUGAGGUAAUAAUCUUCUAAUUGAUGUAAACUUUUUGAGGUUUUGUUCUUUUGGAUUUUCAGUCUUCUCUUAUCUGUGGUAACAUUUUUAUUUUUAUUUGCUCCAGUAGGUUAGUCAAACACCACUGUCUUUUUUUUUUUUUUUUUUUUUUUGCAUUCCUGGAUAUCUAGUUUUUGUAUUUAUUUAUUUAUUUAUUUUUGCCUUUUUCCUUUUUAUUGGUACCAGGAAUCGAACUCACGAUUGCCUGCUUGCAAGGCAGGUGUUUAUGCCGCUGAGCUAAAUCCCCAGCCCUAGUUUUUGUUUUUAAAUGCAUGUAAGGAACUGAUCUCAAGGAGAUCCAGGCAAAUUCAGCCCAUCCUCCAUGGAGGAGAGGUCGGGAGCACCUGUGUUUCCAAGGCAAGUCCUUGUCUGAUUUAUCUCCAUGAAUUCAUGUCUUUGCUAUGUGUGUAAGCUGCUAAUAUUGCCAAGACACUGUGUGAAGCUCCUUAGAUUGGCAUUUGAACUGUGUUGAAUAUAUUGUGGGUGCUCAAUAAAUAUUCACAUACCUGAAGAA